AUGGCGUUUUGGCGUGGUACUUCACUUUUUUCGUCGUCGACACCACAUACCACCACUACAAAUGAUAAAACAAAUAAUCAAGAAACGAUCGAACGUUUAUGUGAUCGUUUACAAUCAGCUGUUCGUAUUGAUGAUCGACGAGAUGCUCUACGUAAUCUUAAAGGAUUUUCUAAAAAAUGUAAACUUGAAGUUGCAACACAAGGUAUGCUUUUACUGGCAAAUAUUCUGCAAGGUGAUCGAACUGAUUUGGAACUUAUUCAAUUAGCAUUAGAAACAUUAUCAAAUGUAAUGACCUAUGAAGCUGAUAAUCAGGAUGAACAACCAAAUUUACCACAAGAUAUAAAUAUUCAAUUUACAGAACUAUUCAUUAAGAAUAAAGAACACGUACAUGCUGCUCUUGACCUUAUUGAAGAAAUUGACUUUAAUAUUCGCCGUACAGCUAUUAAAUUUCUUUCUAUACUUCUUACGAAUUGUACUAAACUUUUACAAGAUAUUAUACUUGAAAGUGGUCCUAUGGGUGUUUCGAAAUUAGUCGAUCUGUUACAAGAUGAACGGGAAGUGAUUCGAAAUGAUACUCUUCUGCUUCUUCAAAUUCUAACUCGUUCGAAUGCGAACAUUCAAAAGAUUGUUGCAUUCGAAAAUGGUUUCGAACGACUAUUUGAAAUUCUUAUAAGUGAAGGCGGCAGUGAUGGAGGUGUUAUUGUCGAAGAUUGUUUAUCUGUGUUGUUGAAUCUAUUAAAAACUAAUCCAUCCAAUCAAAGUUAUUUUCGCGAGAGUUCGUUUAUUCGACGUUUAGUUGAGUGUUUUGCAUUGAAUUCGAUCGGAAACAAAAAUUGGUUAAAACAAAAAGAAACAAAUAUUCAUCUAUUUUUACAAAUUAUUCGAACACUUGUGUCACCGACAAAUUCAAACCAAAAUAUUGUUGCAUGUCAACGUACGAUUAGUCAAUGUGGUCUUUUACAUCGUUUAUGCGUCAUGCUUACAAUAUCGACUAUUCCACCUGAUGUUUUGGCUGAGGCGAUUAAUACAAUUGGUGAAAUUAUUCGUGGUCAUGCUGAAAAUCAGCAAUUUUUUGGUUCUGUGAUGAAUACGACGGGUGAAUCUCCACAGCCAGUAUUAUUAAGUCUUCUCUAUAUAAUGGUUGCUGGAGAAAAGCAAUUAUUUACUCUGAGAAUAGCUAUUCUUUAUUGUUUUCAAUGUUAUUUAUGCAAAAAUGAUUACGGAAAAGCAAUGAUUGUACAAACACUUUUACCACAAACAGAAAAUGCGUCAAACCAAUAUACAUUAGGUCAUUUAUUAAUUGUUGGAUUUUUAAGUAAAGAUAUUGUUGCUGCAUGGUGCUCUAAUGUUGCCCUAGCCCAUUUAAUCAUCGAUAAUCAACAGCUGAAAGAAGCUGUACUUAAAGUUGUACUUGCAAUUGAUCAAUCUCAACUGAAUCCUAAAUCACUAAUGGAAAUAUCCAUCGAUCUAUUGGAAAAUUCUUCAUCUUCGUUUCAUACACGUGUUGCUAUACUCAGUUUUUUAUGUACAUGGUUAUCAAAUUGCCAAUUAGCUGUACAAACAUUCCUGUCCAUUCCAAAUAGUAUUUCUUAUUUAAUUUCACAAAUUUGUUCUCAAUCAGUCACAGAAGAUCGUGAAGUUCUUAUUCAAUCAUUGUGUUCGUUUGCAUUCGGAUUGUGUUUAGUUUUUAAUAAUAAUCAAGUAUCAACCUAUUCAACUGAAUCGCUUGAACGAAUUAUAAAGAAACGAAUUGGUGUUGAUUUAUUUCAAGAAAAACUUGAAUUGCUUUCUAAAUCCGACUGUUAUGCGAAAGCUUUGCAGAAGCCUCAAUUGACAUUCUCAAAAUCGAAUGAUAUGGUUCUCGAUUAUGAAUUUUCUCGUUUGUACAAAAUUCUCGAAGGGUCCAUUACUAGAUUGUUAACAACACGUACAAAUGAUGAUCCAACAAAAUCACCUGAUCAAUCAGCAGCAAUGUUAGCACAAUAUACGAAUUUACUUCAGCAACAAAAUCAACAAAUAAAUGCAUAUCAAAAUCAGGAAAAACAAUUUCUUGAAGAAAGAAAUUUUUAUCAGCAGAAAAUUUUUGAAUUAGAACAAUCAUUACAAGAAAUUCGUGAGCAACAUACAUCGCUCAAGCGUUCAUCAGAACAAAAUCAAAAUCCUGAUGAUGGAUUAAAAAGUUUAUGUGAACAACAACAAAUGGAGCUAGAAUACUUAAGAAAUAUGAUGGCAUAUCAACAACAGCAAUAUUACUAUUUAACACAACCAGUUGAAAAUGGUAUUGAACAACUUAAUGUAAAUCACGAUGAUAAUCAAACUGUGAAGAAUGAACAACAAAAUCAUAUACAGGAACAUGCGGCAUUGAAUGUUCGGAUUAGUGAACUGCAAGAAAAAAUAAAUGCAUUCGAUGAACAAUGUAAAACACAAAACGAUGAAAUAGCUCGUCUUCAAUUAGAAAAUAAUAUUUUACAAGAAAAACUAACCAAUGAAAAACGAAAAGUUUCAAUACUAGAAAGUCUUCAAGGUCAAAUUCAAGAAGUCAUCGAUCAGAAAGCUCAUUUAAAUAAUGAAUAUGAAAAAUUGAAUGCUGUUCAUCAAAAGAAUAUAAGAGAACAAAAUGAAUUACUUCUUCUCUGUUCAACGUAUGAGAAUCAAUUGAGACAAUGUCGAAAUGUAAUACAGUCGGCUGGAUUAACAGUACCAAAGUUUCUACUCGAAAUGGACGAUGCACUAUGA